UUACUUGUCACUUCUCGAACUCCGCAUUGGAACAAGCAAUGCUGUUCUUCCAAAAGAAGAAUGCCGUCCUGAUUUUGUUGCUAUUGCUUUUUUCGUCUGCAUCGGCGAGCUUCCCCGAAGAUGAAGAGCAGCACGUUGUUGGCGACUUUCUCGAACCCCCAGAGGUUGAUGUUCAGGAGACAAUGAAACAGUCUGAGAACAUUUGUAUCUCGAUGAUGCUGCUUGGAUGCAUGGGCUUUAUGAUGGCGAAUUUCUACUUGGUAAAUUGGCCUGACGAAGACAUCAGGAGGAUCUCGUGGGAGGUCAUCAGCUCAACAGUUUCUAUCUUCUCAGCUGUGCUUCUUUUCCAGGCCUGCAACAAAGCGUUGGAGUACUACAUCCUUGAGGGCCUUUGGAUUUGGUACCAGCUGGCAGUGGACAUGGUUCACAUGCUCCUGUGGUUUACAGCUCUUCAGCUGGUUUUGGCCUAUCUCUCGGGUGCCAUGGGCGCGCACGAGGAGGUGUCGAGCAGAAGAUGGAGUUUGAGGAAAUCUCUAUCGCUUACUUGGAUGAGUCCAUCAACCAGAUUGAAACGUGCACAAUCGGCUGAGAUGCACUUCAAGGCAGUAAAGAUCAAUACAGUUUGCUGGGCAACACUCCUUGGGCAUGUUACUGGCUUCGCUGCAAUCAAUGCCUGGGGAACUUUGCAGCAGGCCGUCCCCAGGAAUUUGCUGUGCUGUGGGCUCAUACCACUCGUCACUUUUGCUGGCAUUUGGAGUAUUUACCAAGCCACAGAAAAGCUGCGAAAGAUACAGAUAGAGCAAGAUGAAGAGGAGGAUGAGUUUGAGGAACUUUGGGGUGAAGAAGUGGCUGAGACAGAGAAUGAUGUCAUGUCACUGGCUGUGUCCUUCCUCCUCGUCCAGGCUUUGCGCUUCUGCAUCUCUGGCUACCUUCCAAACGCCGAGGGAAAUGACCCGAAGGGGUUGAAACAAUCCAACCUAGCAUGUGAACUCCUUCUCUUUGCAGCCUUCGUCUUUGGUGGCUUUGACAUCGUGCAGAUUUCUCUGCGCAAGCUUUUAAAACUUGGAAAUGAAGGUUCUGAUGUCGAAGAGCAAAGAGUAAGUUACAAUGAGCUGGACCAGGCGCACCGAUAUCAUACUUGGUGUCGCGACAUUCUAGCAAUGGCUACAGCCUGGUCCAUUCAUUUCAGCGUUGACUGGUGGCUUUCGGCGAACAUUAUGGCGGACCAUGCCUCAAGCAAUUGCAGGUUUCAUCGCAAUGAACCAGACAGGUACACAAUGCGGCGUCCCGCAUUGCUUCACCACGAACUGACAG